CGUCAACUGUCUGCGAGCGAGAGAACAACUUUAACCUAUUCCAAGUCACAAUUUGUUGUAUUUAUGUUUAAAUAAAAAUAUAAUUAAUUAAUUAAUUAUAAAACUUAAUAAUUAAUUUAUUAUAAUUAUCUCUGGUAAUUAAUUUACAAGCGAUGAUGGAUGUCGAUCUAUUGAGACCGGGAACAGUACCAAUUUCACCGGAUACUGUUCUCUGGUUUGAAUUUCUGUUAAAUCCGUCUCUGUUAAAAAAACAUAUUUCGAAAAAUUUACCAGAUCCAUCUCCAACAGACCUGAUGAUUAAAUUCAUGUCAAUAAAUGCUGAUUCCCGGGAAACGGAAGUUAAAAUGAUUGAUUUUGAAUCAAGCGAAUCAAAAAUAAGUAACAAUAAAAAAUAUUCACAUAAGAGUGUGGCUUUGAAAAUUUUGUCUUUAAAAAUAGGAGCGUAUUUUAAAUGGGACUUAGAUAUUUUAGAAAUAAAGUUACCGCUUCCAAUGCAACUGACGUUUCUGCAAGAUCUUUUUUACGUUACAGGAGAUUUUAAUAUUGAAUUACCAGGUCGACCUGAGUUUGAUCUCGCUACUGUCAGCGAUCAAUUUUUAUUUACACUCGUUUUGUAUCAUCGAUGGCACAUCAGAGCCAUUGUCAACAAAGCUUUGAACAACAAGCAGUCAAAACCACAAUUUAUCCACAUACCCGGUAUCCAAGAACCGACGUACGUAGCACCGGCUCUGGUUGAUGACAUCAUGAGGAAAAUAGAAGCAAACGUACAACACAGUGUACAAGUAUUGAAUCAAGUUAUUCAGCUGACAGAGAUAAAACCAAAAUUGUUGACAUUUGACACAUUUCAAAUUUUAACUGAAGACAGUUCGGAGAUAAAACAAAACUGGGAAAAUAUGCAGGAAAUAACUGUCGAAGAAUUCAAGUGCCAAAUUCACUAUGACUUGGCAACUAUUUAUUUACUAAGAGAAGAAUAUGAUAUUGCCAAGUAUCAUAUCACUCAAGCAAGAGAUUUAUUUACUACAUUAGCUCAAUUAAACACUGAAAUGUCUUACUGCCGAGUGCAGAAAGACGGCUUGGAUGGAUACUGUCUUGCGACAAACGUUGCUGUUGUUGGUAUAGGACUUUCUUUGACUCAACAGCUACACAAUUCUAUUAAAAAUAACUAUAUUGGUAUACUUGACAUACUGAAAGCUGAUAAUAUAGCGCGGGAAAUACCGAUGAUCUACAGAGACAAUUUAGAACUAGAUAUAGAAGCAGGUGUAGCGAAUAAUAAAAUUGACGUUCCCAGAGAUUUGCUGCUAAAUAUUCAAUGUUUAAAUUUAGUGAGAAAAAUUUUAGACAAUAAUGUAGUGCAAGGCAACUACGUCACUGAAAUAAAACGCUAUAAAUCUGUCAGUUUGGACAUACUCUUUCCGGCCAUCGACAGCGUUCUGGAAAGUGCAUCAGCUACUGACAAACAACGGAUAGCUCGUUAUUUUUUAUAUUUAAUAACAAUGACGGAUAGUAUUGAAUUAUCACAGCGUAUUUUAACUAAUGAUUCAUACAAGUCAUUAUUUGACGACGAACAACUUGAAGAAAUAAAAACCCAGGCGACACCUGAGGUUACUGAGUUACCGCCAUUGUUGUUAAACAACGACUGGGGGGUUUCUCUUACAACUUACAAUCAAAGUAAAAAGUUUCAUAUAUUUGAAUUGGAGAGACGGCUGAUUCACUCGUAUGACCCAGUUGAAAUACGAGAAUUGUUGAUAAUGUUGGACAGACAGAAUCCGAUGAAUCCACCGAGCCGAGCUAAAAGUCGAUGGGAAAUACCAAUUCCAUUGCAAAGUGUUGUCAGCGCUCUUCCACGUGGUUUGUAUCAGGACUAUGCAUUUAUAUUGCUUGCCAAGAGCCGUGAACUGACGAGCGGUAAAAAUUUAAAAGACGCAAAAGCUCUAUUGAAUGCCAUUGAGGAAGAGAUUCAAGUACACGUUGCCACGCAAAACCCAAGUCUGAUAAAUACUUCAUACAAAUUGUCUAAAAUGAUUAGCUGGGAGUUGAUUUUAGUUGAAAUAUUGCAGUAUUACAAUUUAUGGAAUGCUAAUUUGACAAUAAACUCGACCGUGGAUGACUGCAAACUUUCAGAAUUAGUUGAUAAAUGUAAACAGUGUUUAGCAAAUUUACAUGCAACAGAUCAAGCCAUUCCGCGACAAGAAAUAAUUGAGUACUGUGUAGUAUUUUUAUUAAAUAUGGCGGAAUGGGAUUACUUGUGCGGAUUGGAAAAACGUUGGAGUCAUUGUGAAUUUGCAGCGGCAAUAAGUAGCGUUUGUCAGGAAGUUGUUAAAUUAAAAGGAACACGAAAGUUUCCCAGAGAAGCCUGGGAUAUGCUGCUCGUUACCUUCGGACCAACCAGAGAUCUUCCUCAAAAAAGAAGUAGUAACAGCGGAAAUAUCACUGGGUCAUCCACUACGACGACAAUCUCUGGCAGUAGCAGUGGAGGUACCAAAGAUGUCAUGAGUAAUAUUAUAACUGGAACUCUUCUUAGACUUCGAGAGCCUACAGCACUUGCGGUUGCCAUUUCAUUGCUAGCAAGAAUACACAAUGUUUUACGGGAUGAAUCUAGUCUUGAGUUGUACACUCAGUAUCUCACCCUUUGGCCAGCCAGCAUAUCAAACGCUAAUUCUUACAACAUAAGAACAAUCAGCGAAUUCCUCCUCCAUUUACUGACUCAGGCAUUGAAAUGUUAUCCAACAAAUGUCCACUUUUUGCGAGUUAUGGGAGAUCUUAAUUUCAUAUUGGGAUACCAUGAGAGUGCAAUGAAGUACUAUCUUGAAGCAAUAAUGGUAGAAAGUAGUUUAUUCAGCCAGCGAGUUCCAGGACACCUCCAGCCAAUCUACCGAAUGAUUAAAUGCUGCGCUCACCUUCAGUGCUACACCCAAGCGACAGUAUUGUGUCAAUUUUUAGAAGAAAUAAAUUAUACUCUAGCAUUUAAAAUGGCAUCUAGCGAUCCAAAGACUUGCGCCUCCACGGAUGCAAUGGACGCUUACUACCAUUGCAUUUGGGACACGACUAUUUUGGAAUUUCUGAUUCACCUGCACUCAAAACGUGGUGAACACCACAGAAAACAAUUAGCCAUCAAAGUUAUUGGCCUGUUGGAAUUAAAUUCAAACAAUAAUGACGAGAUUCAGAGAGAAGCGGCGAAUAUCCGCAAAGCAAGAUUUUUCCGAGCGCUGGCUAAACAAUAUGUCUACUGAAAUUAUUCAUAUAUUUUAUAUCCAUUGAUUUACUAUUAUUUUAUUGUAUAAUAUAACUUAAUUGUUUAUAAAUAUUUUACAA